AGAGAGAGGGAGAGAGCGACUCUCAGAAAAAGCAAAAAGGGGAAGUCUGCAAAUAAAGGGAGAGGAGGAGAAACACUAGAAACCACAUGUGGCUGUUAGAAGCCAUAAUCCAGCUAUGGAGCGAGACAGAAUCGCUGCCCUGAAACGCUCAUUUGAAGUGGAAGAUGUGGACUCUUCCUCACACUCUUCAUCGCCUCACACACGGCGAGCACCAUCCAAUGUUCAGCGUUCAGCCAUGUCCCCGACCAGCGGACGGUAUUAUGAGCUGGGCUCCAAUGGUACCAAGCCUCCUGACACCUCAAAACCCAAAGCUCGAACCCCUGAACCUGUGUCACGUAGAACAGAGCUAGGCUUUGACAUCUCAUCCAACAACAAUGGCAAAUCUACUGAAGGCUCUCCCAGUCCUGGCACUGCUCGGUUUGGGCUGAGGAGGCCAGAUGUCUUGAGCCACAGUAAGAUGCCUGAGACGCAGAAGCACUCAGUCACCUUCAGCAAGACACUGGAGACAAUUGCCCCCAUCACACGUUCAGCAUCUACCAUCGUUCCUCAUGCCAGUGCAAAACUACCAGAGACCACCUUCAGGAAAAGCGAGCCACCAAGCCCUGCAGAUGGAUCAGCAAGAAAGCCUGAAAUCAGUGUCACCAAAUCAACAGACACUAAAGGUCAUGACAGUCUUCACCAUCCACCAGUUACAACAAGAUGUCCAUCACCUAAUCACGUUGGACGGAAAUCCCCUAGUUCCGACAAGCAAAGGCCAGAGGUCAUUACCAGUUCUUACGGCAAUAUGGCAGAUGUAGGAAAGACGCCUGUGGCACGGAAUGAGAAGACAAACAAUGACUUUGGCUAUGUGGGCAUUGAUGCCAUCUUGGAACAGAUGAGGAGGAAAGCCAUGAAACAAGGCUUCGAGUUUAACAUCAUGGUAGUGGGUCAGAGUGGUCUGGGUAAAUCUACGCUGAUGAACACUCUUUUUAAAUCUAAAGUGAGUCGCAGAUCUUUGAUGACAACAGAAGAAGAACGAAUUCCUAAGACAAUUGAGAUCAAGUCCAUCAGUCAUGAUAUUGAGGAGAAAGGAGUGAGGAUGAAGCUGACUGUCAUUGACACUCCAGGUUUCGGAGACCAGAUAAACAAUGAGAACUGCUGGCAGCCCAUCAUGAAGUUCAUUAAUGCACAGUACGAACAGUAUUUACAGGAAGAGAUCAACAUUGAAAGGAAGAAGAUGAUUCCAGACUCAAGAGUCCACUGCUGCAUAUAUUUUAUUCCUCCCACUGGACACUGUUUGAGGCCAAUUGACAUUGAGUUUAUGAGACACCUAAGUAAAGUGGUGAACAUCGUUCCUGUUAUCGCCAAGGCAGACACACUCACCCUGGAAGAGAGAGAUUUCUUCAAACAGAAGAUAAGAGAGGACUUGCGAGCCAAUGAAAUUGACAUCUAUCCUCAAAAAGAGUUUGAUGAGGAUGCAGAGGACAGAAUCAUAAAUGAGAAGAUCAGGGAGAUGAUCCCAUUUGCUGUGGUGGGAAGUGAUCAGGAAUAUCAGGUCAACGGAAAAAGACUUCUGGGCAGGAAAACAAGAUGGGGGACAGUAGAAGUUGAGAACACCGCACACUGUGAGUUUGCCUACUUGCGGGACCUGCUCAUCAGAACUCAUAUGCAGAACAUCAAAGAUAUCACAAGCAGCAUCCAUUACGAGAUGUACCGCGUACGCAGACUCAAUGAGAAUAACACGCAUCCAAAUGGGCAGCAAGCCAUCAAUGUGAAUGGCGUACCUGAGCAUGAAGUCCUCUCCCAUGAGAUGUAGACCAUCCACCCAUCCAUCAAUCUGUCCCUCCAUCUAUCUUUUUUUUUCCUUCAAUCCCUCAAUUCUCAAUAGUCUCUUCCUCGGUUCAUUCUGACUGGCUGUGUGUGGACUAUUGUUUUUUAACACCAAAAAAUAUUUCCGAUCUGUGGAAAAUUAAUCUUUAAGUGUGCAGUAAAAUGUGAUGUUCUGUAAUGAAUUUCCUUAAAGAUGUGUUACUGUU